CACAAUUUUCAUUCACAGUUUUUCGAUCUGCUUCAUUACAUCUUCUUUCAAUUUCCAGUUUUCAAAUUCCCAAACAGAAAUGGCACCAAAAGGAGAGAAGAAGCCCGCCGAGAAGAAACCCGUGGAGGAGAAGAAGUCCACCGUAGCAGAGAAGACUCCUGCCGAGAAGAAGCCAAAGGCCGGGAAGAAGCUGCCUAAGGACGGUGGUGCCGCCGCCGGAGACAAGAAGAAGAAGAGAAACAAGAAGAGCGUAGAGACAUACAAGAUCUACAUCUUCAAAGUUCUGAAACAAGUUCACCCUGACAUUGGUAUCUCAAGCAAGGCCAUGGGAAUCAUGAACAGUUUCAUCAACGACAUUUUCGAGAAGCUUGCUGCUGAGUCUUCAAGACUUGCAAGGUACAACAAGAAGCCAACAAUCACUUCAAGGGAAAUUCAGACUGCUGUCAGGCUAGUUCUGCCCGGAGAAUUGGCCAAACAUGCCGUUUCUGAGGGUACCAAGGCUGUAACCAAGUUCACAAGCUCUUAAAAUCAAGAUUUAGGUUUUGUUUAUGUCCCAAUGUAGGCACUGUUAGAGUUAUUUGUAUUCAGCUUUUACCUUUCUAAUGUUGUAAUGUACUAAUGGGAUCAUGCUGAUCCCGGUUGUGUAUUAAAAUCAUGAAUUUAAUGAUAUUGGGCUUCAAAAUUGCCUCUAUUGUUCAA